GGUGGGGGGGGGGAGAGAAAAGGGGAAAAAAAAACACGCCCUCUCUGUCUUCUGCCACGAAGGGAUGAAUUAAAGCGCCGCUCGGGCCUGGGCUGAGCUGAGCUGAGCAGCGCGGCCUGGUCGAGGGCAUCGAACCAGGCGCCUGGCGCUCGAGUCCCGGCGGAUGGUGGGAUCGCGGCCUCGGAACAAGUCGGCGGCGGCGUUUUUGUUUCAUGCCAUAAAGCCCACAUGGCGGUGUCGAGACUUGACCGUCUCUUUAUUUUACUGGACACCGGCACCACACCAGUAACUAGAAAAGCAGCAGCUCAACAGUUGGGUGAAGUAGUUAAGUUACAUCCUCAUGAAUUGCACAACCUGUUAUCCAAAGUGUUAACAUAUUUACGUAGUCCUAAUUGGGAUACGCGCAUUGCAGCUGGUCAAGCAGUAGAAGCUAUCGUGAAGAAUGUGCCAGAAUGGAACCCUACUCCAAAGCAAGAGCCUGGUUCAGAAACUCAAAUGGAAGAAGCGUCUUCAGAUCGUUUGAGCUUUACCCGGUUUGAUAUUUCACGUCUCUUGAAACAUGGAGCAUCUCUUCUUGGUUCUGCUGGUGUAGAGUUUGAGAUUCAACAUGAGAAAUCAGGAGAAGUUGACCCAAAGGAGAGAAUAGCGCAUCAGAGAAAACUGUUGCAGAAGAAGUUGGGUCUUGAUAUGGGAGCAGCUCUAGGAAUGAACACGGAGGAGCUCUUUAAUGAUGAAGAUCUCAUUUAUAAUCCUCCUCCAGCUCCACCAGUAAUAAAACAACCUGUAGGUAGAACCACAGGCUGUUUGACUUCAAGGAAUCAUGCACUUGUGCAAGCUGCUGACCUGAUUGAAGCUGAAUUUCAGCCAGGUAUGAGUAGUCGGCAGAAAAAUAAAGCAAAGAGAAUGGCUAAAUUGUUCGCUAAGCAACGAUCCAGAGAUACAGUGGAAGGAAAUGCAAACAAUGAAAAAUGCAAUGAUAAUAUUGAUGGGGAGCCUGAGGAAAAGCGUAGGAAACUUACAAAUGUUGUAAUUGAUCAGUCAGCAACUGAAUCAAAGGUGUUGGUGGAUAAUGUACCACACAACUCUUCAUUGUUUGAUGAGUCAAAUGAAUGGCCUUUGGAAAGCCUUUGUGAAGAACUUUGUAAUGACCUUUUCAACCCUUCAUGGGAGAUUCGUCAUGGUGCAGGAACAGGGUUGAGAGAGAUUCUGAAAGCUCAUGGGAAGAGUGGAGGUAAAAUGGGAGACAGCACUCUGGAAGAGAUUGAACAGCAGCAUCAGGAAUGGUUAGAAGACUUGGCGAUCCGUCUACUUUGUGUAUUUGCACUUGACAGAUUUGGAGAUUUUGUGUCUGAUGAGGUUGUUGCACCUGUGCGGGAGACUUGUGCUCAAACUCUUGGAGUUGUGUUAAAGUACAUGAAUGAGGUGAGAGUGCAUGGAACUGUUGAUGUGCUUCUAAAACUGCUGGAACAGGAACAGUGGGAAGUGAGACAUGGUGGACUUCUAGGAAUAAAAUAUGCUUUGGCAAUUCGUCAAGACCUAAUUGAGACAUUGUUACCAAAAGUACUUCCUGCUAUAAUCGAAGGCUUACAGGACUUGGAUGAUGAUGUUCGAGCAGUAGCAGCAGCUGCGCUCGUACCAGUUGUGGAAAGUCUAGUAGAUCUGAAAGCAUCUGAGGUACCAUUUAUUAUCAAUACGUUAUGGAAUGCCCUUUUGGACUUAGAUGAUCUUACAGCUUCUACGAAUAGCAUUAUGACUUUAUUGUCAUCCUUAUUGACAUAUCGGCAAGUUCAACAGCACAGUAUCCAGCAAUCGCUCACUGUUUUGGUUCCCCGUGUUUGGCCAUUUUUGCGUCAUACUAUUUCUUCUGUUCGUAAAGCAGCUUUGGAAACAUUAUUCACUCUUCUGUCUACACAAGAUGAGAGCUGUGUGACAUGGUUGACUCCAAUUUUGCAAGAUAUGCUACGACAUAUCUAUCAAUCCUGUAUUUUGGAAAGCAGUCAUGAAAUUUUGGAACUUAUUCAAAAGGUGUGGCUGGAGUUGCUGAAAAAGGCCCCUGUCCAGUAUGUGGUGGCCGCUGCUUGUCCUUGGAUGGGGGCUUGGCUUUGCUUAAUGAUGCAACCUUCUCUUAUGCCAAUUGAUUCAAACAUGCUGCUAGAGGUCAAAGCCAAAUCAAAGGAUAAAUCUUGCAGUAAACAGCGACAAUGGCAAGCUCCAACAAAAGAAGUAACACAGGAGUCUAUUGCUGGUUCAGAUACCAUCAAUGAGGACCAAGCAACCAGAGAUUAUGUUGUAACUCGAACACGUCUUAUGGCAGCCAAGUUACUUGGAGCCCUCUGCUGUUCUAUGUGUGAUUCUACUGUUAAUUCUACCAUCCAGGAAGUAAAACCAGCUGAAUCCCUAGCCCAGCUUUUGCUGUUCCAUUUAAAUUCAAAAUCUGCUUUGCAGAGAAUUGCUGUGGCGUUAGUUAUUUCUGAAUGGGCUGUAUUGCAAAAGGAUUGCAGCAUUGUGUCCAAUGCAGCACAGCCGCGAUUGAUGGCAAUUUUAUCAGAACAUCUUUAUUAUGAUGAGAUAGCCAUUCCAUUCACACGAAUGCAGAAUGAAUGCAAACAGCUGAUAACAUCAUUGGCUGAUGCAAACUGUGAUGUUGGAAACCGAGUGAAUAAUAAUGUGCUUACAAUAGACCAAGCAAAUGAAUUGGUCACAACUAUAUUCAAUGAAGUAACCUCAAAUUGUAGUUUGAUGCCCAACGUGCUGCAGCUGUUGGAUGGUAAACGACAGCAGGUCCAGAUGACUGUAGCAGAGACCAAUCAAGAAUGGCAAACUCUUCAUCUCAGGGUUCACAUGUUUGCUGCCUGUGCAGUUAUUAAUUUGCAGCAACUUCCAGAAAAACUGAAUCCAGUUAUAAAACCCUUAAUGGAAGCAGCAAAGAAAGAAGAAAACAUACUUGUCCAGAAUUAUGCAGCCUCUUCCAUUGCCAAGCUCUUACAGCAGUGCACAUCCAGAUGUCCUUGCCCUAAUCCCAAAAUAGUGAAAAACCUUUGUAACUCUGUGUGUGUGGACUCUACAGUCACUCCUUCAGCAAUCUCUCCAGUAGCCUUGCCCAACAGUCUGGAAAACUCUAAAGGACCAAAUUCCGAAAAAGAUGGAAUGCACCACACUGUAAAUAAGACUAGGGGAAUUAUUACACUUUACAGGCAUCAGCAAGCUGCCUUUGCUUUAACCAGCAGGCGAGGGCCAACUCCCAAAGCACUCAAAGGAUCAUCUGCAGAUAUGUCUCAGGGAAUUGCAGGGAUUAACUUGUGUGAACAUGAUGAGGCCCAGAAGCCGAACUUGAUUCAGAGGAGAGGAGCUGAAUAUGCACUUACUACCAUAGGAAAACAUUUUGGUGCUGAAAUGGCCACAUCAUUGCCAUAUCUCUGGGAUUCUAUGGUUGGACCAUUGAAGAAUCAUAUCGAUGUACAGAAUUUCAAUGGAAAUCUUGUCCUUGAGAAAGGAGAUGUUGCUGCUCAAGAUUUAGUAAAUUCAUUGCAGGUGUUAGAAAUUACUGCAGCAGCAAUGGCUUCUGAUAUCCAUGCCCAGCUGUUGGAACAUCUUCCUCAUCUUUGCACAUGUUUACGGCACCCGUACACUGCAGUCAGGCAUGUGGCGGCUAGAUGCGUGGGUGUCAUGAGCAAAAUGGCUACUAUGGAAACUGUGAGCAUUUUCCUGGAGAAAGUUCUUCCAUGGCUAGGAGCAAUUGAUGAUAAUGCAAAACAGGAAGGAGCGAUCGAAGCAUUGGCAUGUAUGAUGGAGCAGCUUGAUGUAGACAUUGUCCCAUACAUUGUCCUCUUGGUGGUGCCUGUGCUGGGCAGGAUGAGUGACCAAACGGACAGUGUCAGGUUCAUGGCUACCCAGUGCUUUGCAACCCUUAUCAGAUUAAUGCCACUUGAAGCUGGUAUUCCAGAUCCACCAAAUAUGUCAGAAGAAUUAAUCAGACAAAAAGCAAGAGAACGUCAUUUCUUGGAACAGUUGUUGGAUGGGAGGAAAUUGGAAAACUACAAAAUUCCUGUUCCUAUCCAAGCUGAACUCAGAAAAUACCAACAGGAUGGUGUAAAUUGGUUGGCAUUCCUUAACAAAUACAAGCUUCAUGGCAUUCUUUGUGAUGAUAUGGGUUUGGGAAAGACUUUACAAUCUAUAUGCAUUCUUGCAGGAGAUCAUUACCACAGGACUCAGGAUUAUGUAAAAAAUCAAGCAGAAAAUUGCUUUCCUCUCCCUUCUUUAGUUGUGUGUCCUCCAACACUGACAGGACAUUGGGUAGAUGAAGUUGGGAAAUUCUGCGCUAAAGAAUUUUUGAAUCCUUUGCACUAUACGGGGCCCCCUACUGAAAGGGCAAGGUUACAGCACCUUAUAAAAAAACACAAUCUUGUUGUAGCAUCAUAUGAUGUUGUACGGAAUGACAUUGACUUUUUCAAAAAUAUUAAAUGGAACUAUUGUAUUCUUGAUGAAGGCCACGUCAUCAAGAAUGGCAAGACAAAACUAUCGAAAGCAGUUAAGCAGCUAACUGCAAACUACAGGUUGAUUCUGUCUGGUACACCAAUACAGAAUAACGUCUUGGAACUAUGGUCAUUGUUUGACUUCCUGAUGCCAGGAUUCUUGGGUACUGAGCGACAAUUUGCAGCUCGUUAUGGAAAGCCCAUAUUAGCUAGCAGAGAUGCCAGGAGUUCUUCACGGGAGCAAGAGGCGGGUGUUCUUGCAAUGGAAGCAUUACAUCGACAGGUACUUCCAUUCCUGUUACGCAGAAUGAAGGAAGAUGUUCUUCAAGAUCUUCCACCCAAGAUAAUUCAAGAUUAUUACUGUGUUCUCAGUAGUUUACAGGUACAACUUUAUGAAGAUUUUGCCAAAUCUCGUGCUAAGUGCGAUGUUGACGAAACCAUAUCCACAGGUACAGUCACUGAGGAAAAUGAAAAACCCAAACUGAAGGCUACAGGGCAUGUAUUCCAGGCUUUACAGUACCUGAGAAAACUAUGCAAUCAUCCAGCACUCGUGCUAACAUCACAGCAUCCAGAAUUCCAACAUAUUUCAGAGCAACUUGCUGCUCAAGGUUCAUCUCUUCAUGAUAUUCAACAUGCUCCAAAGCUCUCUGCUUUAAAACAGCUACUGCUUGACUGUGGACUUGGCAAUAGUGGCACUUCAGAAAGUGGUACUGAGUCUGUUGUAGCACAACAUCGCAUUCUCAUAUUCUGUCAGCUGAAGAGUAUGUUGGAUAUUGUAGAACAUGAUUUGCUCAAACCGCAAAUGCCAAGCGUUACUUACUUAAGACUGGAUGGCAGUGUACCUGCAGGCCAGAGACAUUCCAUUGUGGCAAGGUUUAAUAAUGACCCGUCUAUAGAUGUCUUGCUGCUAACGACUCACGUUGGUGGCCUAGGUCUCAAUCUUACUGGGGCAGAUACAGUAGUGUUCGUGGAGCAUGACUGGAACCCAAUGCGUGAUCUGCAGGCAAUGGAUCGAGCACAUCGCAUUGGACAGAAACGUGUGGUUAAUGUUUACCGAUUAAUAACAAAAGGAACCUUGGAGGAAAAAAUCAUGGGAUUACAGAAAUUCAAGAUGAAUAUUGCAAAUACAGUGAUUAGCCAAGAGAAUGCAAGUCUUCAGAGCAUGGGGACAGAUCAGCUUCUGGAUCUUUUCACUCUUGAUAAGGAGAGCCACGAAGACCGGGGAUCUUGUUCCACUGAAAAGUCAUCUAUGAAGGCAAUGCUGGAAAAUCUUGGAGAACUUUGGGAUCAGCAACAAUAUGACACAGAAUAUGACUUGGAUACAUUUAUGCAUUCUCUGAAGUAAAAUGUGCUUACAAUAUGCAGAUAAGCCUUGUCAUUGUUCCAGGAUUGCCCUGCUGAUAUUCAGCAUUUUUCCUAGGCAUGUAGUGAACUGCUGAGAACAUUGAUGUGUAAAUACAGGGAUUGGAAAGGAAUAACCAAAAGCUGGUACUUUAAAAAUGGUGAAAGCGGUUCACAAAAAAGGUAGAGCAAGUAGUUACUCUGUCUUAGUUAUUUGCACUGUUUUACAGUUUUAAACCUUUAUUCAGAGCAGGUUUACUUGAAGCGUAAUUCUUUGUCUUAAGAAACAAAGAACUUUUGAAUUACAUUUUCUUAGAGUUUAAAAGAAAUUAUGCCCUUGUGACAUAUGUAUGUGAGACAGUAGCUUGCUGUGCACAUCAGUGCACAGUUUGAACUUAAUUAAAAACACAGGUCUCUUACACUUUCCACAGUGGAAACUGAGUGUUUUAUUUUGCUGCAUAUUAGAGUGGAAGCUUUCAAUUAUUUGCAAAUUUUAUUUUCUGUAACUAUUGUAGGAUUUAAACCCAAUCAACUUGUACUUGGGUUUUUUUUAAAAAAUCUUUUAAGUUGAGUAUUAUGGCAUUCCAUGGGUCAAAAAAAUAAAAUUCAGUUGAAAUACUUUAUUGCAUGAAUAUUUAAUGUUAGUUUGUUUUUAAAAAAAACAAUUGUGUAUAUAGGCAGCUGUAAUACUUAAUGUGCAAGAAUCUAAACUAUUAAAUUUAAGAAUGCUGA